AUGGCAGAAGAUCAAGAAACAGAGGAUAUACUCGGUCGAUCAAUCGAAAGACAUGGUCCACAAUUAAAUACCAGUAAAUCGGCUCGUGUUGUUAUUCGAUUUCGAACACAUACAGCUUUGAAACUCUUAGAUUCUAAAUGUAAAACUUCUCCCUUCCGAUUAUUUUAUCAAACAGGAUUAAUCAACGUUCAAAAACUAGGCAAACCUUUAGUAAUGUGCGCUGACUUAUCAGGACUUGUAUUCGGUUCUCCCGCUGUCAAAUAUCAGUGGAAAGUGUUCUCCAAUCAGUAG